CCCGGGGCGGCAGCCAAUGAGCGGCGGCGGGCGGCGCGCAGCCUCACUGCGCAGGCGCGGCCGUGACGUAGUGGCCGGGCCGCCGGAGCGCGGCGACGGUGCGGGCCCGGAGCGCUGCCCCCGCCGCCGCCUGGGCCGCGCCGAGCCGGUGAUGCCCGACGCCUGAUUUUAAUGGUUUUAUGCAUUUUUUUUUAAACAUACGGAUUAACAAGGAGCAGCUUCACCUCCUCUCCGAGAUGGAGCCGGAUGGAGCAGGCGCCGCUCAGGCCACGGGCGAGGCAGAGCCGUGCAGCACCCUCCUCACCUCCAGCACGCUGCGGGGCUUGUGAGAGCCCUCCCUGACAGCUCUGCCCGGGACCUGGCCCCAAAUGGUCUCCGCGGGGAAGAUUUGAUGAAAUUCCCCUCGCUUUGCAGCAGCCGGGUGGAAACGAAGCCUGCUGGGAGGCCGGAGGGCCGGGAGGAGGAAGGAACGAGAAGGAAGAGGGUGAAACCGCGCUCCACGGGGCCUUCCCCUGCAGCCCCCCUCGCGCAGAAAGGAUUUACAGCUCAGCCUCGCACCAGCUGUUCCUCGGCUUUGCCUGGCCGGGGAGAAAUAAAUAAAAUUAAACGGCCACCGCCGGGCAGCCGGCCCCGCAGCCCGCAGGAAUCAGGGAGAGUGCUGCAUGUGACUGGCAGGGGGGAGGAGGAGGAGGAGGCCGAGUGGCUCGCUGGGGAGACGUCCCCGUCCCCCUCCUCCCUGCGCCCACCGAGGGGCUGCGGGGCUGGGAGGGCGGCGCAGCUCCCGGCGGGGCUUUGUGCCGCCAGCUCCUCGCCUCCACGCCGGCACGGGCCACGUGGGGACCUUUUCGGAGGCCGGCGCCUGACCUAGGGGCUCUCAGCCUGACGGCUGGGUGAAACCCAGACCCGCUUCUCAGCUCGGAGUUCUGAAUUUUGGGGUUUUGAACUCUCUCGGGGCUGUCCGGAGGCCGCAGCGGACUUCUCCCGGCCUCCUGCUGCGGCCGGAGCUCGCUCGGGGAGGCCGGGCAGCGCCUCGGCCCCUUCCUUCUCCCCUCCCCUUCUCACCUGGCUCUGACUCCAGCUGGGCCUGGGCUAUGCUGCAGGGCAGAUUCCCCAGCAGAGCUCCACCAUGCCAGCAGCGUCCGCAAAGAGGUUCAAACCCAGCAAGUACGUCCCGGUCUCGGCCGCUGCCAUCUUCCUAGUGGGAGCCACCACCCUCUUCUUCGCCUUCACGUGCCCGUGGCUCAGCCUCUACGUGUCCCCGGUCAUUCCCGUCUACAAUGCCGUCGUCUUCCUCUUCGUGCUGGCCAACUUCAGCAUGGCCACCUUCAUGGACCCAGGCAUCUUCCCCCGAGCUGAAGAAGACGAGGACAAGGAGGACGACUUCCGAGCUCCGCUCUACAAGACGGUGGAAAUCAAGGGCAUCCAGGUGCGCAUGAAGUGGUGCGCCACCUGCCGCUUCUACCGCCCGCCGCGCUGCUCCCACUGCAGCGUCUGCGACAACUGCGUGGAGGAGUUCGACCACCACUGCCCCUGGGUGAACAACUGCAUCGGGCGCCGCAACUACCGCUACUUCUUCCUCUUCCUGCUCUCGCUCACCACGCACAUCAUGGGCGUCUUCGGCUUCGGCCUGCUCUACGUCCUCUACCAGGUGGAGCUCUCCGGCGUCCGCAUGGCCAUCACCAUGGCCGUGAUGUGCGUGGCCAGCUUGUUCUUCAUCCCCGUCGCCGGCCUCACCGGCUUCCACGUGGUGCUGGUGGCGAGGGGCCGCACCACCAACGAGCAGGUGACGGGCAAGUUCCGCGGCGGCGUCAACCCCUUCACCAACGGUUGCUGUAAGAACGUCAGCCGGGUCCUGUGCAGCUCCCCAGCCCCCAGGUACCUCGGGCGGCCGAGGGCCGAGCAGACAGUGCUGGUGAGGCCCCCCUUCCUGCGGCCCGACGUGUCGGACGGCCAGAUCACCGUCAAGAUCAUGGACAACGGUAUCCAGACAGAGCUGAAGAGGACGAAGUCCAAAGGAAGCCUGGAGGUGACGGAGAGCCAGUCCGCUGACGCCGAGCCGCCACCCCCACCUAAGCCAGACCUCAGCCGCUACACGGGCCUGAGGACACACUUAACCCUGGCCACCACCGAGGACAGCGGCUUGCUAGGCAAGGACAGCCCCCCGACGCCCACCAUGUACAAGUACCGGCCCGGCUACAGCAGCAGCAGCAGCUCGGCCGCCUUGCCCCACUCCACCAGCGCCAAGCUGAGCCGGGUGAACAGCCUGAAGGAGCCCAACUCCAUCGCGACGGCAGGCCGCAAGCCCAGCUACCGCUCGGAGCCCAGCCUGGAGCCCGAGAGCUUCCGCUCGCCCACCUUCGGCAAGAGCUUCCCCUUCGACCCGCUGUCCAGCGGCUCCCGCUCCUCCAGCCUCAAGUCGGCGCAGGGCACGGGCUUCGAGCUGGGCCACCUGCAGUCCAUCCGCUCCGAGGGCACCACCUCCACCUCCUACAAGAGCCUGGCCAACCAGACGCGCAACGGCAGCCUGUCCUACGACAGCCUGCUCACCCCCUCCGACAGCCCCGACUUCGAGUCGGUGCAGGCCGGCCCCGAGCCCGAGGCGCCGGUGGGCUACACCUCGCCCUUCCUCUCGGCGCGCAUCGCCCAGCAGAGGGAGAGCGACCUGCACGGCCGCUUCGCCGCCGCCACCGCCGCCUCCCCCAAGCACGCGGCGCCCCGCGAGCCCUCGCCCGUGCGCUACGACAAUCUGUCCCGCCACAUCGUGGCCUCCAUCCAGGAGCGCGAGAAGCUGCUGCAGCAGCCGGCGGCGGCGCCGGGCAGGGAGGACGAUGCGGGGCCGGCGGACUCGGGCGGCGCGGCCCCCCGCGGCGGCUCCUCUUCUUCCUCGGACGAUUGCAAGCGCUCGCCCCUGGGCAAGAACCCGCUCACCCGCCCGGCCCCUCCCCGCUUCGGCAAGCCCGAGCCCCCGCACGCGCUGCGGGCGCGCUCCCUCGGCUCCCCCGAGCAGCCCGCCGCCCCCCACCUGGGGAAAUCCGUGUCUUACAGCAGCCAAAAACCAGCGUCUCAGCCCGAGGCCGAGGAGGUGGCCUUGCAGCCCUUGCUGGCACCCAAGGACGAGGUGCAGCUGAGGCCGUCCUACAGCAAGUCCAACGGGCAGCCCAAGAGCUUGGGGCCGGCCGCCCCCGGCGCGGGGCCCGUGCCCCUCAGCAGCCCCACGCGUGGAGGCGUCAAGAAGGUGUCGGGCGUGGGGGGCACCACCUACGAGAUCUCCGUAUGAGGGGCGCCCGGGGGCCUCCCCGCGGGCACGGACACACUGCAGCCCCCAGGGACGAGGGGCGGAGGGGCUGGCGGCGCUUCCCUUCCUCAUUUUGGGUUUCUCCUCCCCGUUUUCCACCCCCUCCCCAGGACUCGGGUGCCGCCUGGCGCCC